GAAAGCAGAUGUUGCGCUUUUUGGGAGCUGGCCUCGCGCUGCGUUUCCGCGCUGUCAUUGUUUCCGUUUCCACCUCCGAGAAGCUUCACGCCUCCACACAUCGCUCGUGUUUUGCCUUCAAUCCGUUACGUUACUUUGAGUUCUAGUGCUGUCUUGAAGCUCGAGAAGAGAUUAACUUUUUUUAGUUCAGCCAUGGGGGACAUCGAGGCUCCCAGCUCGACUCGGCCACGCCAAACAGUCCUCUCCUCGGUUCUUCCGAGCAAAGAGUUCGUCUCUUCGAGGAAAGGCAUGCUGCUUAUUGCUGAAGUGGCUCUUUCCUUUGUGUCCUUUGUGUGUUUCGCGGCCUCCGCAGCAGCAGCCUUUGUGACCGUCCCCCUGAUAGAGUUCCUAGCUGCUCUCUUCUUGAUGUUCGCUUACUCCACAAAAUUUAACGAGAGGUUUAAAGGCUUCUUGUGGCCGCUUAUGGAUUUCAUGAGAUGUGUGACUGCAUCUAUCAUCUUCUUCAUCAUCUCCAUCAUGGCAGUGUCCAAAUACGUGGACGGUGCUUCUCAGGCUGCUGGGGUGUUUGGAUUCAUUGCCACCGUCGUGUUCGCUUUCGAUUUUUACCUUAUCUUUAAUGAGCUGGCCAGUUUCCUGAAGCAAGGAGGGGAGUCCAACGAUGAGCCAUCAAGACAGCAAGAUGACUUUUCAGACUCUGAUUCAGACUGAGAUCUGACUGGAUCCUUAAUGGGACGAACGCUCUGCUGGAGAAACGAACGACAGCUGAUGAUCUGCCGUCUGCAAAGGUUACAUAAACACUGUGUUCAGUAGAAACCAUUUCAUGAACAUACAUACAGUCCUCUAUGGGCCAGUCUGUUUUUAUUUGCCCAGACAUGCAUCAGCUGUUUUAGAUCAUUUAGGAAAAUAUAAAUGACAUACUUAUCCUGAAUAUGAAAGAUUGUAAAGCUGUGAAAAUUGAGCUCUAGGGAGUUGUUUUCAGGAUCCACAUGUGGGAGCAUAUGAUUGAAUCUUGAAAGAUAAAGCCUUGGACCUGCAUUAAUUGUAUUUACUACUGAAGAGGUUUAGGGCCACUAGAAAAAAUAAAAUAAUAAUAAGGUGCAAUAUUUUUUUAUUCUGAGAAAAAAGUCAGAAUUGUGACGUUAAUCUCAUAAUUAAGAAAUAUAUAUUUCACCAUACGUUUUUAGAUAUUUAAAUUUGUUAUCCAGUGGCCCUUAUCCUCUUCAGUAUAUUUACAGACAUAAACCACAACACUAAAUUAAUCUCCUUCUUGAAAAUGAAAAAUCUUGAUUGCUUCAAUAAAAAUAAAAACAGCAGGCUCAAAGUUUGUGAGUGUUGCAUUAUUACCAUUCAUAAAUUCACAGUGUUACUAUAAAACACACAUCAUAGUGUGUGUGUAUAUUGAAGAACAGAUUGGUUGCAGGUUGGCUGGUGACAACCUCCGUCCAACUGUCCGUCCUCUCUGGUGUGGCGGUUCUUUCUGUGUCAUUAAACUGAUUAAAUGUCACUUUUUUAAUGUUUUAUGAACGUAAAACAGAAACAAUGACACACAAUCAAACUUUUUUUAAUCAAACUUUAGACUAAGAAUUUGUUUGUUCGCUGUAUGUGCUUUCUUUCUUCGACCUGUGUUCGUGUGUGUGUGUUUGAUGCCUCAAAAGGAGUUCUAAUUUAGUCAAAUGCUGAAUAUCUUAAGUGUGAAUCUUUGUUUGUAUUGAACUGCAUCUUUUCUUGUGCUGGUUUUGGUUUUGGUUUCCGGGUUUCAACCACAUAUACUGCCACUACUGAGGGGUCAAAGGCACUAAGAUGCCACGUGACUGUUCUUCUAGUUCACACUGCACCACAACAGGAGAUUGAGCAAUGUCAUCAGUGGCUUUUAUACCAAUGUGGCUUUAUGCUGUCAUGCACAUUCGUCAUACUCAUGGUUACAUAAUAUUCACAGAGCUGAAGUUGCAUAAAGUCCUUUUCAUCAUUGUGCCCUCUUUUGGUAGGGUUUGGUAGAGUUGUGAUAAUGUUGUGUGAAUAUUAAGUUUAAAUAAUGCACAGAGGAAGACCGAAGCCAAAUGUCUCAUUGAGAUUAAAAUUAAUAAAAUAAUUUAAAUAAAAUGAAUCCAUAUUUUUAACCUUGGAGAGCCAUAUGUGAUCAAAUCUGCUGUGCAAAAAAAGUGAAAAAAAUUUGCCUUCACUCAUUGUAUUUGUAAAUACACUUUAAAUCUUCAUCUUUUUUUUCUGUAAAGCAUUCAUGUGCUACAUUUUUUAAAUAAAAUCCUGAACUCUUUUCAAAAAUGA